CAUUAUCUUACAGAAGAAGGGAAAGUGUUUUGAUAUCCAUCACUGUAUCCCAGCAAACCAAAACACAACAAUGUGCUAUUCAACUGAGACUCAAACAAGUUAAACAAGAUCGGUAACCUUCUGGACUUCUUGUUUGGAUGAACUGUGAAAGAAGUGAUUCCUCAGACUUGUACUUUUCACAGGAGGUCCCAACUACGCCCGGUGCUACCGCGCGCUCUGCUGACGCAACCACGUCGCUGUGGCUCAAUUUGAUGGCGGACUGCAAUGUCCCCAGACCUGCCCAGGGAGGGACGGAGCAAAGUCACUGAGCCACUCUCACCCGGUUCCGCUUUUCUGCCGUCUGACCACCUGUGAAGAGAGGCCACAGUUGCUGUUGUCGUCCCUCCCGUAGAGUAGUAUGCGGGACGGGAUUUGCACUGACCGGGACGAGCCAGAAGUGGAGUAAAGAGCAGCGGAGUGCGCCGGGCUGACGCGCUGCAUGUUGAGCCAGCAAGUUCACUGAAAUAACAAAAGUCGCGUCGACGAGGAAGAGGACAGCCGCUCUCGGAUUUAACGGAGGUUUGAGGGGACACUUGUUCCGGCAAAAUGAAAUUCGCGGAGCAUCUUUCGUCCCACAUCACUCCAGAGUGGAGGAAACAGUAUCUUCAGUAUGAGGCAUUUAAGGAAAUGCUGUAUGCGGCCCAGGACCAAGCCCCAUCCAUAGAAAUCACAGAUGAAGACACCGUGAAGAGAUACUACGCCAAGUUUGAGGAGAGGUUUUUCCAGACAUGCGAGAAGGAGCUCCUGAAAAUCAACACAUUCUAUUCAGAAAAGCUUGCUGAAGCGCAGAGACGUUCUGCCACGCUGCAGAAUGAGCUACAGUCUUCACUGGAUGCUCAGCGAGAGAGCAACGCUCCGCCCGGCCUGCGUAAACGCAAGACCAUGUUCCACCUGUCACAGGAGGAGCGCUGCAAACAUCACAACAUCAAGGACCUGAAGCUAGCCUUCAGCGAGUUCUACCUCAGCCUCAUUCUGCUCCAGAACUACCAGAACCUGAACUUCACUGGUUUCCGUAAAAUCCUGAAGAAACAUGAUAAGAUCCUGGAUACGCCUCGCGGGGCCGACUGGCGUGUGGCUCACGUGGAGGUGGCACCUUUCUACACCUGCAAGAAGAUCACUCAGCUCAUCUCGGAGACAGAGGCCUUGGUGACCACAGAGCUGGAGGGAGGAGAUCGUCAGAAGGCCAUGAAGAGGCUGAGAGUUCCUCCACUGGGGGCAGCUCAGCCUGCUUUGGCGUGGACGACCUUCCGAGUGGGGCUCUACUGCGGCUUCUUUAUCAUCCUCGCCAUCUCCUUCGUUCUUACUGGUGCUGUGUUCAUCCGCUUUGAGAAUGUGUGGCCGCUGGUGAGGAUCUAUCGCGGCGGCUUCCUUUUGAUCCAGUUUCUCUUCCUUUUGGGCAUCAACACGUAUGGAUGGAGACAGGCUGGAGUCAACCAUGUGCUCAUCUUUGAGAUCAACCCCAGAAACAACCUCUCACACCAACACCUGUUUGAGAUUGCAGGUUUCCUGGGGGUGUUGUGGUGUCUCAGCAUCCUCUCCUGUCUAUACUCCGAGUACACCUUCAUCCCCAUGCAGAUCAACCCGCUCAUCCUCUACGGCUUCAUGGUGCUCUUCCUCCUCAACCCCUUCAAGACCUGCUACUACAAGUCCCGUUUCUGGCUCCUCAAGCUGCUGUUUCGUGUCUUCACUGCGCCAUUUCACCGGGUGGAGUUUGCAGACUUCUGGCUGGCUGAUCAGCUCAACUCUCUGGUGUUUGUCCUGAUGGAUUUGGAGUAUCUCAUCUGUUUUUACAUCUUUGAGCUGCAGUGGAGCAACAGCAAGGGCCUGCUGCCCAACCCCAGAGACCCUGGGGACUUUGUGUGCCACAGCUACUCGUACGGUCUGCGUGCCAUCAUCCAGUGUCUGCCCGCCUGGUUCCGCUUCAUCCAAUGCCUGAGGCGUUACCGUGACACCAAGAGGGCUUUCCCUCAUCUGGUCAAUGCUGGGAAAUACUCAACCACCUUCUUUGUUGUCACCUUCGCUGCGCUCUACGCCACACACAGAGAGCAAGGACAUACAGAUGCCGACAUGUUCUUCUACCUGCUGAUCGUGUUCUCCACGAUCAGCUCCCUCUACACACUCAUCUGGGAUCUGCGCAUGGACUGGGGCCUGUUUGACCGGGGAGCUGGAGAAAACACCUUCCUCAGAGAGGAAAUAGUUUACCCGCAUAAGGCCUACUACUACUGUGCCAUCAUAGAGGAUGUGAUCCUGCGUUUUGCCUGGACCAUCCAGAUCUCUCUGACCACAAUGACCAAGAUUCACUCAGUGGGCGACAUUGUAGCUACCUUUCUAGCUCCCCUCGAGGUCUUCAGGCGUUUUGUGUGGAACUUCUUCCGUCUGGAAAACGAGCACCUGAAUAACUGUGGUGAGUUUCGAGCUGUGAGGGACAUCUCUGUGGCUCCUCUAAACGCUGACGACCAGACGCUGCUGGAGCAGAUGAUGGACCAGGACGAUGGGGUCCGGAACCGCUCAGGCAAGAAGACCUGGAAGAGAUCCUACAGCCUGUCGCUCCGACGCCCCCUGCUGUCCUCCUCACAAUCGAAAAAGGACACCAAGGUGCUGAUUGAAGACACGGAUGAUGAGGCCUUCAGCUGAGUCCUCAGCAUCAGCACGUACACACAAACACAAACACACACACACACACACACACAGAUAGUAUACUUAUAAGGACCUCAUCACUAACGUCCAACCUCAACCCUUGUCCCUCAUUGUAAAAAGUCUAGGAACCUUUAAACCCUCAGUCUGAACCUUUAGAGCAGUGAGGACGCACACUGGCCUCCCUUCGGACAGUUUACCUCAUCUUUACAUCCUGUUGUGUACAUUUGGUCUUUAAAAGUAUAGAUAGAAACACACUGAACACACAAAAAAAGAAAACUUGCUGAAGCACAAACAUAGUGUCAUGUUGCUACAGUUAAAGAGAGAGGUAAUGCCUACAGACAGACAGACAGACAGACAGACAGACACAGAUAUUAAGGGAAAUCUUCUGCAUGUAUCUUGAAACACAGACCACACUGCCCUGGGAUUAUUCUCUUCUGUUUUUUUUUUUUAUUGAAUCUUGUCUCGUUAAUUCUUUUUUUUUUCUGUACUUUUUCUGUUUCUUAUUUUUGAAAAGCUGCAUAAAAAGGCUACAGAUGACUGUUUACACGUCUUUAUACUCUAGGAUCAACAGGGAGGUGACAAGCCAAUCAAAAAGACUAAAUAUAAAUCAAUACAAACCUGAGGAAGGACUCGACACACAUUGCAGCAUAUCAAAACAAAUCAACUGGUUUCAGCUCGUUGAUUCCUUUUAUACUCCCACUUUUGUUGUUUUGUUUUAAUACCGUCAGUCACAGCGCUGGAGGCACUUGCAGGAAAAGUGCAUUUGAUACACAAAACGUGAAAAACCAAGUGACAAAUAAGGGGAUGUUUUUGAUUCAAACAUUUCUAGUCUGUGAAGUUUCUUUGUAAAAAUAUUUCAUAUAUUUUGAUGUGCAUUGUUACUCUAUUGUUGUUUAUUCUAGUGAGACUAGUUUGAGCAUCCACACAAUGAUUGUUCAUGUAUUUUAUAAUGUUUGAAAUGUUUUUCUUGUUCGUGCCACAUUUUUUAAUAAGCUCAUAGUUUGACCUGAAUAUAUCCCCAGGUUCAAAUUACUGCAAAGCUGAUUGUCAUUAUUGUGUCAUCUUUAAAGUGCCCUAUUCACUGUAGUACAUGUAUGUGUAUUGCUUUUUUUGCAUUAACUACCAAAGCUUUCUUAUAUGAAUGUGACUGUGGUUACAGUAGCUCUGUCUUUCCAACCUGCACAGAAAGAAUCCACAAAAGUUCAGAGUCAUUUUAUUUGAGGAGGUAGCUGUCGUGCUGAAAUCCCUCUAAUAUCAGCAGCUUCCGAUUUUCUGUUGAAAUUGUUAGUGAGUGCCAGAAGACUGCUCUUUCAUGCCAGUGGUUAGAAGAUGGGAAAAGCACCUGAGAGGAAAAUGUGAAGCGCAUUAAAAAAAAAAAAGAAUUAAUCUAAAUCCUGAAUGUUGUGAAAAACAAACAAGAGUAAUGUAAAACAAAACAAAAAAGGCUUUUUAGAUUCUGCAGCAUGGGGAAGAACAGAUGUGCCGCUUCAACAAGGCGAAAAUUUGAAACGUUUGUUUCUAUCAUUUUAUAAUUUGCAGCAGAAAUGUGUGAGAAAUGAACAAAAAGAAAAAUGCAGACCAAGAACAAGUGAAGUUCAAGUGGAUGCAACUAAACUGGAAUUGGCUCUCUUAGUUAGAGUUGUAAAUCUCAAUAUUUUUGGGGAAAACUAGAGAGAAGUGCAUGAGGGAGAUAAAAUUUGAGAGGCACUGAUUUAUCGUCACACAUUUCAUGCGUAUAUCAAACUGACCACACUGGUAACACUUCUAGAAAGCUUCUGUGCUGCUUGACGGGCAGUUUGAUUGGAUUCUGCUGCUGAAGUGGAUUUAUAGAGCUUUUUGUCUAUUGUAGGUUGUUUCUUACAAGCAGAACUAAUAUAACCCAAUGAAUCAACCUCUUCUGAUUUGAGUCCAACACUGUUCUUAAAACAAUAUAUAGAUAGAGGAUUCAUAUCAUACCCCCUAUAGAUGGGUAUUUUUAAAAUGAAAUUUGGCUAAUUAAAUCUUGGAUCUGUGUUCUUUCUGGUAGUCAAAUCUGGUAAUUCUGCUAAACCGACUAAUAUAACACUCUUUAACAGUAAAUAUCUACUACCUGUGAUUGUUUUUUACACAAUAUUUGUACAUUUCACGGCCACUGAAUCAGUCAGCGUUUCAGUCACUGCAGAUAUGCUGUUUGUCUUAUGUGUAUUGUUGCCUUGUUUUUCAGCACUUUUAUUUCAUUUGAUUUGAUUAAUCAAAUGUCAUGUCUAAUUGCAGAUAGGGCGAAAAAAUGUGUUUUUUUACGUGUUGCUGCUGUUGUAAAUGAGCCCCUAGCUUUCAAAGAGAGAAAGUUAACUUUACACUGCUAUGAGUUCUACUUUGUGCCCCCCAUACCCCCCUCACUCUCCCUCUGCUGUCCCUCCCUGUGGCUGCACUGCAUCACCACCGGACCGUCAUGAGACAAAUCCCAGAGAAGACACACACGUCACACAUGAAAGCCCCGUUUCUUCUGCUUGUGUUCGUCCCGUAGCGGCUAAAAGACAAAACAGCUUCUGUGUGCAAAGAGCUUAAAGUGAACUGGAAAGUAGGAAAAUAUACCUAACAUGUAUAAGAAGGGUAGAUUCCCUCCAUUUAAAUACACUGGACACAUGCUGUAACACUCACACACACACAUAUUGCCUCUCUCCCAACAUUACAGCACACGUUUUGUAAAAAGGCUCUGUUGUCUUGCCUGCAUGCUGCUUUUGUUUUACAUUGUACAUAGAUGUUAAGUUAUUUAAUAAUGUGUAUAUUAGCGAUCAUUGUAGCUACUCGGACAAUGAUUGAGUGCAUAUGUUGCCAUUUUUGCUUCAAACAAGCAGUAUUUUGUAGGUGAUGAAGAGCUUUUUUUUUAUCAGUCAUAAGCCUGCACUCUUUGUCAUGUGUAAAUCUUUUCAAAAUGUGUUUGUAUAAAAAUAGAAAAAGAACCCCAUAGAAGUGGAGAAUGUGAUUGGUCGUAUCUUGUUGGUGAUUCCUUCUUUGAAAUAAAAUAACCUGAAAUAAAAGCCUUGAAAUAGGCUUUGUCCUCUCCAGGAGGGGGGGUUUGUGCAGAUAGCUUUGUCCUUAUGCUAAAUGUUUGUACAUUUGUGAAUGUGCAUGAAAAUGUUGUGGACACAUGCUUUGUGGUGCCCUGCUGACAGAAGAACUUUGUCGUACUGUAAGGCACAUGAACGGCCACCCAGAGGACCCACACCCAAACUAGAUGCUGUUAAACUGAUCCCAGACCUGCCUGACCAACACAUCUCGGCUCUUUUAUAAGCUUACUGGAAGUAUUCCUGCGAUGCUUCGGUGUGAGAGAAACAAAUGUUAUAAUGACCAGUGUUCACAGGUGUUCAGUAUGUGGAAACAAAAACAGGGUUCUUUUGUAGAGUUUGUGUCUUUGAUGCGCUCAUGUUGGCGAUAAGCCUUGACAUCCAUUUUUUCACCCCUCAUGAUGAGGAUUUUGUUUUCACUGCUUGUUGAAACUCCCAUGAUGUUAAAGUGCUUGAUAUAUGUCCCUCCUUUGAUGUUGUUCGUACCCUUUCUCUAAUCUAGCUGAACGUGAUAGUACCCGUAGUUUGGUAGAUGAAUGUUCUACUUUGAUAAGAUACAACAACAAAAAAAAAUCAGAUUAAAUACAUUGUGGCUAAAUGUGAUUUGAAGAGACAUAAAGAAAGGAAAGUGUCUCACAUUCUGAUCCAUCCUCCCCAUCAGUCCCUUUUGAAGAGUAGUUUGUACAUGUUGAGUGUAUAACACUGUUCUAUGAUGGUUUUCCUGAUUGUAUUUGUAUUUCUGUAUCCACUUUGGUGAUCCUGUCAUAUCUGGGUUUUAUAAACCACGAUUAUUUUUAAAACUC